UUAUCCAGUUGUCCAAUAUACUUCAAGCAAGCUCUGCGACGAAAGAUGCUCAAGCUCGGAAUCGCUGAACGCGAAAUCUACAUUUCAAUGGAAGAAGGGGCGAUGGAUGAGCUAACUACAAUCCGCCAAUUUGAAAUUGUGCGCUCUGGAAUUCUCAAUGUGCAGUGCACAAUUCGGGAGGAAUGCCAAGACCAAGGCAUCGCGUACUCAACUGAAGCUUGGGCCAAGUUCUGGAAAUAUUUCGUCCACACCUGGAUUAAAAAGUACAAGCCCGAAGACUGGAACGUGUACGGUGUGCAAGAGGACAUCGUGAAUCGGACUAAUAAUCCGUUGGAAAGCUAUAAUCGAACAUUGAACCGCGCUAUGGGGGAUCCCCACCCGACA